AUCCUAGGACACCGCCCCUUCUGUGCUCUUGGUCUUGGAGAGGUGCAGGUGACAUCAGAGCUGAAGAAAUGAUGCCAAGAGUGACCAAAGUGUGGCUGCCUUCAGCCCUGCUCCUCUUGCAGGUGCUGGGCUGUGUCCCUCUGCGUGGCCCCAGGAAGGUGGCAGGCACUGUGGGGGAGUCCCUGAGUGUGCAGUGUCAGUAUGAAGAGAAAUACAGGGCCAUAAACAAAUACUGGUGCCGAGUGUCCCUGAUACGAUAUUGUCAAGAUGUUGUCAAGACCAGAGCCUCAAAAGAAGCUAGGAAUGGCCACGUAUCCAUCAGGGACGAUCCAGCCACCCUCACCUUCACAGUGACCUUGGAGAACCUCAUCCCGGAGGAUGCAGGCACCUACAUGUGUGGGGUGGAUAUACCAUUCAUCAAUGGCUCCUGGUGGGAGAUCACUCCCUCCUUGGGGAUUGAUUCAUACUUCAGGGUUGAGGUGUCUGUGGCCCCAGGCUCUGUCCCAGAGAACAGAACAAACACCCUAAGGUUACCCACAUCUUCACCGGUGCACACUCAGUCCAGCGUGACCACAGAGGACACAACUCCAGAUCCCACCCCACCCCCUCGGUCCCUGCUGAGCAGCAUCUACUUCCUGAUCCUGGUCUUUUUGGAGCUGCCCCUGCUCCUGAGCAUGCUCAGUGCAGUCCUCUGGGUGAGCAGGCCUCAGAGGUGCUCUGGGGAGAAGCGGCACUGUCCCGAUUAUGAGAAUCAGUGACAUCUGUUGACAGCAAAGCCCUGUCCCUGUCACUGCACACAACUCCUCUGCUGCAAUCUGAGCUUCUGCAAACACUGAGAUUUUUUUGUUUGUUUUCUAGAGACAGGGAUUCUCUGUAUUGUUUUGGAGGCUGUCCUGGAAUUUGCUCUGUGGAUCAGGCUGGCCUGGAACUCAGAAUUCUGCCUGCCUCUGCCUCCCGAGUGCUGGGAUUAAAGGCAUGCGCCACCAACGCCCGGCAGAAUGCUGAGAUUUUUUAAAGAUUCUUUGUGCUGAAUAUACACAUUUUUAAAAAGUUCCCAAUAAAUACAUAGACAUUUUAA